UAUUUGUUAUCCAAGUUAUCUUGUUGAGCACGCAAAAGAUGAGCUGAAAAGGCAAUAAUCAAACAAUCCGUUGGGCCAUGGCGAUGGAAGCUUACACCUCCAAAUACCCGGACAAAAUCCAUACAGACCUCCUCUCCGACGCUAGACAAACUUGCUACAAGGCUCGCGAUGCGUUCUACGCUUGUCUAGAGAAAGAAUCGCACAUCAAAGCGAAUGAAAUUGCUGCAGUAGGUCUGCUGUAUCCUGUUCAAUGCAAGAAAACGAGAGAAUUUUACGAGAAAGUCUGUCGCCGUACUUGGGUGACGCAUUUUGAAAGGAAAUAUUGUACUAAGAAGAGGGCUCUUCAGACGCUUUUAGAUGAUAAUGAAUCCAAGAAGGCCGCAGGCGUCUAUGUUUAAAUCGUAGAAUUGAGAGAUUACCCUGAUGCAGAAUCUGAAAUCGAAAAAGAAACGAUCAAGAGCAAAGGAGAAGACCUCAAUAUAGUUGUAUAGGUAGCUCACCAAUUUCAUACCCGCGUUAUAUUUUUCAUUCCAAAACCUUUAAUCAGAAUUUGAGAGAAAGUCGUUAAAAUAGUCAUUUUUGGUGCGUAUAUUAUAUCUUAUUAUAUGUUUAUAGUCAA